AUGCCAGAAACGAUUGCUACAAAGAAUUUGAAAGAUGGACAACAGGAGGAACAAGAGUUGGCCUCCAAAGCUCUUCGUAUACAAAAUAAACGCUUUUAUCUGGAUAUCAAACAGAACAAAAGAGGCCGUUUUGUUAAAAUUACAGAAGUUGGCACUGGAGGCCAGAAAUCGCGCAUUUUGAUGUCAAUGCCUGUUGCUUUAGAAAUGAAAGAAAAGAUAAAUAAACUGAGUGACACAUAUAGCCAACUUCCCUCGCACAAUCGGGAAUCACUUGCUCAAGAUGGGCGUAUUGCAUCAGACAUCAUUGUUCGCGAUAGUAGACGCUAUUAUCUUGAUCUCAAGGAGAAUGAACGUGGUCGUUUUCUGCGUCUUGCUAUGCUUUCUAUGGGUGUACGUGUACAAAUCGCUAUUCCAGCUCAGGGUAUGAUUGAGUUGCGCAAUGCACUGGCUGAUCUUAUACAAAAUUAUUCAGGAGAUACAGAAAAUGACAUAUUUUCAGACCUACCUGAAUCUAAAGUACUCUUUGUUGGCAAUAAAACAUUCUACUUUGAUGUUGGUUCAAAUCGAUUUGGCAUAUUUUUGCGUAUCUCUGAAGUUCGUGCCAACAUUCGUUCUUCAGUAACUAUACCUGAACAACACUGUACACGAUUCUGUGAUAUUAUUACUGAAUUGGCUAGCAAAAUGUCUACUCAGAAGUUAACUAAUGGUGUGUCUGAGAAUGGUAACACUUCUGAUCAACCUGAGGAAACAGUGAAGGAGUCAAUAGAAAAUGAAAAUGGAGAGGUUCCAUCAGCUGCAUCAUAAUGUGUUUGUUUGUUUGUUUUUGGUGGGUUUUGUUUCCCUCGUGACUUUGAUCUCUCUCAACAAUGCUUAUUAUGGCAUUUAUUAGCACUAAUAAUUGUGAUGCAUGUUAAUCUGUGUUCACUUAUAAUAAUAUUUGUUUUUACUUUUCAAUGUUUUAAUGUGUUUUACUUUAAUAUUUAUUUUUUUCCUUUUUUUGAAAAAAAUAUGUAAUAGUUAUUUUAUCUUUUAUUUAUAUGAAUUAGUUUUGUCUUUUCUUAAUAUUAGUUUUAUUUAUUUAUUUAUUUUUUUCUUAUGCAUGCCGAUCGUUCAAAUUAUAAUUAUUAAUAAUAUCAUUAUUAUUAUUAUCAUCAUCUGUGUGUGUGUGUAUUUUAUGUCUUAUUGGGAAAUGCACAACACAAUCCUCAUAAUAAUCUCAAUCAUCAUUAUAUGACUUCAAAGUAUCAUAUACAAAUAUAUAAUAAUAA